AGCGUGCCCCGCGUGGGGAAGACCUCCCCGGUCACGUGAGCGUGACACCCCGGCGAUCACCUGACGCGGAGCCGGCGUCCGGGGGCAGUGAGUGUGGAUCGCUGGCGGGGCAGUUCGGUGGCUGGUGCUGGAUGCUGAGGGUGAAACGCCAAGGAGGGAAUCCCAUCGUUUUCAGUUCUCUGGAUGCUUAAGUUCGGCAGUCUGACGUGCUGACCGGGAGGCUGUGUCUAUUAGUCCGUUUGAAGCAGCGGGCAGUGCACGGGGAUGGCCCGCUGUGAGGUGACGGUGAACAGUGACCAACAGGACUGGGGCUGGAAUGGGAAACCUGGGGAGCAGACCAGCCUCCUGCCGAGUUCGCCCGCCGACCGGCCGGGAGACCCAGGGAAGCGAGGAGGGACGCCGGCCUAUGCCGCAGUCUUCAUCGUGGUAAACGCCGCGCUCGGCGCGGGUCUGCUCAACUUCCCCUAUGCCUUCUACAUGGCAGGAGGAGUGGUGGCUGGGAUAGUCCUGCAGAUGUGUUUGCUGCUGUUCAUAAUUGCUGGCCUGGUGGUUCUGGCGUACUGUUCACAAGUCAGCGGUAAGGCCACCUACCAGGAGGUGGUGCGGGAAGCCUGUGGACAGGUGGUGGGCACGGUCUGCGACAUCCUCAUCGCCGUCUACACCUUCGGCACCUGCAUCGCGUUCUUGAUCAUAGUUGGCGAUCAGCUGGACAAGAUACUCGCAGCAUUGAUGCACACUCCUGAAGGGGAUGCUUCUGUCAACGGCCACUGGUACAGUGACCGUAAGUUCACCAUCUCUGUCAUCUCCAUUUUGGUCAUCCUACCUCUCUCCAUCCCCAAAGAGAUUGGGUUCCAGAAGUAUGCCAGCACCCUAAGUGUGUUGGGCACUUGGUAUGUGACCAUUAUAGUUAUCAUUAAGUAUAUCUGGCCAGACAAAGGCAUCAAUACUGGGGACAUCCCCACCAGCCCUUCCUCCUGGAUGGCGGUGUUCAAUGCUAUUCCAACCAUCUGCUUUGGCUUCCAGUGCCACGUGAGCAGCGUCCCGGUGUUCAACAGCAUGGAGAGGCCGACGGUGCAACGCUGGGGCUGGGUGGUAACAGCCGCCGUUGUGGUCUGCCUGUUCGUGUACACGGGCACAGGUGUCUGUGGUUUCCUGACCUUCGGCUCCAGUGUGAACGUCGAUGUCUUGCUGUCCUACCCGUCAGCCGACGUCUCUGUGGCCGUCGCUCGGGCCUCCAUCAUCCUCUGCGUGCUCACCUCCUAUCCCAUCCUUCACUUCUGCGGCAGGGCUGUCAUUGAAGGCCUGUGGCUCCGAUACAAGGGGGAGGCCCUGGAGGUGGACAGGUCUCGAGAGAGACGGCGCCGGGUCCUGCAAACGGUGACCUGGUUCGUGCUGACUCUGAUCCUGGGACUCUUCAUCCCAGACAUCGGGAAGGUGAUCUCCGUCAUCGGUGGAUUGGCUGCUUGCUUCAUCUUCGUGUUCCCAGGCCUCUGUCUGAUCGAAGCGAAGCUCUCUGAGAUCCGGCAAUCUGACUCUGCCAGUUGGUGGGUCUUGGUGCUGUUUGGGAUCUUCAUGGUGUGUCUAGGAGGUUUCAUCUUUGGACAGAGCACAGUGAGCUCCAUCUACCAGGACCAACGCAAAUGACCGCUCCUCCCUCCUGACGCCCUCGUCACCUCCACCUCGCGUCCCUCCAACACAUUUCACAAAUAUUCCUGCUGGCGGACUGAUCCAGUCUAAAGUGAACUGAAUUGUGCCAACAGUCCAAUGUUUACAGAUGUUCUGGGAGCCGAGAUAUGACUAAAACUGCCUGUGCUGUGGAGGUGGAAGGAUUCUGCAAGAACUGGCCUCCGGAGUAAGAGACCUGUGGUGCUUCACUUUUCCUGUUGAUUCUGACACUGGAACACGAUAAUUCAUCUUUUGUUUUCUCUCUCUCUCGUUUUGCUUCUGUGAACCUCCUCACUCUCUGUACCACUGUGUACGUGACACAAUGGGAGGCAGCUGUUGCCCAGAGGUCGUCAGAGACUUUGGGUCAGCAUCUGUUGGCAGUGACCUCCCAGCCGCUUCCCCUCUGAUCCCAAUGUGUAGCAGUGUGUCUGACAGCCCUUGAGGCCAUCGGGUGUCCUGCCCCAGCGCCCACUGUGGCCACUUCCGCGUGUGGCUUCCUCCGCACCUGAGCCUGCAACCGUUUGGUGGGGAUUGUUUCCAGAGUCAAACAUGAAUCCCACCUGUGAGUUGUGCCGGAGCCUUUGUUCGGGAUCAAGCCGGAAUGUUGAGGGAGGGUUUGUCAUUUAAUCACUAGCACUUUGUAAUGUGUAACGGUGGCAGUGGAGGCAUUUUGAAAUCACGGUCUUCUGGUGAACGUUUCAAUAGAAGGGUCCCUGUAUAAAUGCUCUGGCCGCUAACACUGCAUGAGCCUACAUGCCAGAUGUCAUUGAUACACUCAUUGGGUUAGCUCCCUCCCUGAGCCCACUACUGACCCCUCACUGCCCCACAUGCUCUACGAUUCCCCCAUCUCCCGACCUUUGCUGCUACGGCCAGUUCUGUGCAAUAGCACUGGGCACCCGACACUUGCCACGUCAGGGGCCGGGGAAGUCCGCCGGACAUCUGCUCUUGACAGCGUGCUCGGAACCCCGAAUUCUUUGUGCCAAUCUGGAGUUUGGGCCAGUGCCUUUUUAAAUGAUAGUUGAAGAGAGGAGGCUGUCAUGCGGGACAGUGUUCAUUUUACCGCAGAGGCGGACAGCAAGUUCUGCACUGCGAGGACGGGACUCAGCACAGCCUGGUGUUGUCCUCGUCUUCUGAGGGCCGUUGUGGCAAAUCGCCAGCCUGCCCUUGGUGUUGGAAAAUGAGGAUCUGCGUCCAAUGUCUGACGUUACAGCUUUCAAUAAAGGUACAGUUUCUUAAUGGAAGCAUUACUAAAUCGAACUAUCUCAGCUGAGGAAUGUGACUUUGCCGAGCUAUAAGUCAGCCACGUCACGCAGAUGUCACACGGUUGCCAACAUGGAUUGGGGUUACUGCAUUGGGGUAGCAACCUGAAUU